AUGACAUGUGGGUACAUGCGAGAAGUGGCAACAGCCAACACUUGGACGUUCUUCAAAAUAUUAUUUCGGUGGAAUGGAAGUGUUUGGAAGACAAUUCAUAUGGAGCUGAUCGUUUGGUUGUUUAUUUUCGUCAAUGUUCGAACUGCCUAUGAAUUCUUUAUGGUUGGAACAGAUUCGGCUGCAACUUAUGAGCAUGUCGUUCAUCGGUGUAGACAAAUAUCUGGAAAAUGUCGAACCGUAGUGACAUUUGCAAUCGGAUUCUUCGUAACAUAUGUCUCAACCCGAUGGUGGAACAUCUUCAUGACAAUCCCUUGGCCAGAUACAUGUGCUCUACAAUUAACUGCAUUUCUGAGAUGCCGUGGUCCGAAACAUGAAGAAGAAGAUCGACUAUUCAGACAAAAUAUAAUGAGAUAUCUCUGGUUAUCGUAUGUUUUGGUGUUUCGAGAUGUCAGUGUGAGGAUUAAAAAGAGAUUUCCAUCUGUCAAAACUAUGACACCCACACUGUUGACAGAAGAGGAGUUGAUCAAGUUGAACAGGUCGAGUAAAGAAAUGCGCCCUUGGGUACCAAUCGAAUGGAUUCUUGAUUAUCUCCGGACUGCAAAGAAACGUUUUCUCCUCGAUGAAUUUCAUUAUAUUGAAUUGAAUCAAACAGUCCUUGCAUACCGUCAACAACUACAUGAGAUCCUGUCACAUGAUUGCAUUACAGUACCCCUGGUCUAUGUGCAAUCUGUUCAUAUCUGCACUAUCUGUUAUUUUAUAAUCACUUGCUUCGCUUCUCAAACAAUUCAGUCGGAUCAUGAAUCAUGGGAAGGAAUUAUUGAUUUUUAUAUUCCAGUCUACGCAGUUAUUGAAUUCAUUGUAUUCGUCGGAUGGCUGAAAACUGCAUUCGUCAUGUUGAACCCGUUUGGAAUGGAUGAUGAUGACUUUGAGAUGAAUGCAUUGAUUGAGAGAAAUAUGAUGGUUUCGUUGAGUUAUAUCAAUGAUUUCUAUGACAAACCACCAAAAUUGGUUGAUAUGAAAGUUUGUUUGCCGAAAGAUUUACAAGAAUACGUGCGUGAGAAUGCAAAUCCAAUGCAUGGUUCCGCAGUUCCAGUCCAAAUGACACGUGUCAACCAAGUGAUGAUUGAUAAUCCACAACUGGGCAAUCUAAUGCAAGCGGUGCUUCCAAGUCGUAAUCCAUCAUUGACAAACCUCCAUACUCAACGUCCGAUUAAUGAAUUUCCGAAUAUUAAUCAGAGCGCGAAGAUUGGGUUGAUAUCAACAGAUGAGGAGAACUCAGAUAAAGAUAAUAAGAUUCGGAAUCCAGAGAAUUCAUAUAAAGAGGAUGGAGCUGAGGCGAAAGCAAGAUAUCUAUUGAAACAAGAAGAUCUUGAGAAGGCUGUGAAGAAACUGUUGGAUAAGAAACUGGCGGAAGAAGAAGAAAAAAAAGAAGAGAAAGAAGAGAAAAAGGAUAAGAAAAAAGAAAAAUCACCAAAGAGUCUGUCGCCUGAACCAACUCAAAAAAGUUGGUUAGUUGAGGAGCCGACACAGAAGUCAGGAGAAGAUACACCAGGGACAAGUUUACUUCAGAAAAAGACUAGUAGAAUUCGCACCCGAGCCAGCAAAGCGGAUGUUCGUGUUCCUACUCCUACCCAAGGACAAACUCCAAAUGCGUCAAACCGUAAACUUGUAUCAGUUAUGAAAAAGCCAGCAUCUACUAUGAUGUCUCCAAAUCUUACGUCAUCUGUUCCACAAUCUGAUAAAAAGAAAAAGACGAGCGCGACGAAAAACGAAGAAUCUCCAUCAUUGAGACUGGACAGCACACAAUCUGGAGAAAAAUCUAAGUAG